AUGCAAACAUUCUUUAAUAAUUUAAAAGAGUGGAAUAUUCCAUAUUCAUUAAGCUAUAUAAUUGCAUUGGAAUUUAAAAUAAUGGGUCAAUAUUGCACUGAAGAAAAAGUAUUUGAAAUGGCAAAUUAUUAUAAAAAUUUUCUUAUUGCUCUUCCACUUACUCAAGAUCAGAAAAUCUCAUUGUCCAAAGAUUUAGAUAAUAAUUGA